AUGUCACUGCUAAACUCCCUCUCACUACUUCUGGCACUUCAAGUCAGCUCAACAUACGCUCAAGGCCUUGAGGGUUAUGGAUUGACUUCAUACGACCCUGUCUGCGCCGAAGCAUGUCUUCGAUCCUUUACUCCCUUGAUGCUACCUUGCUCAAGCAUGCACGAUGGACACAUGGCGACUCCACCAGCAUGUCGAGCCAACGACACCGCUUUCUUGACAUCCGUGGCUUGGUGCUUCAGUGAAAACUGUGUCGAUGAAAAGUUGUCCAAGAUUGAAGGGUAUUGGGAGGAGUGGAUUACAGGGAGCAAAUUCGUUCCUGCGAAGUGGUCGUACUCGCAGGCUCUCAUGGAGGUUGAUCCUAAACCACCGCGGUAUCAACUCAACAUGACAGACAAGGUUCUCAACCAGACAUCGAUACUUGCACCGGUUGCGUAUCUUAGUCAGUGGAACUCGCUUUGGGCGACGAACCAUGAGAUGAUAAUGGGAGCACGAUAUGGUAUCAUUCUUGUUGUCAUUUCCGUUGGAAUACCGAUUCUCAUGACAUGGUCCGGCUAUCUCCCUCUCAUCCCAUCAAUCUACGACAAGCUCAAACCAUACAUCCUCUAUCCAAGCAUGAUCGGCACUUAUUCCGUACGCCCUCUUCCAUUCAAACUGGGCAAUGCUCCCUCUGUUGGUCAAGGUCUAUACAUCGCCUUAUUCCUUGCUCUGGUCGUUGUCUUUACCGCCAUCGACUACGAGCUCCGCCAGCCUCAUGCCAGGUUCAUGGGUGAACGGCGAGAACUACUCGCUUAUCUGGUCUACCGCACCGGCGCUCUUGCGUUCGCCUGUCUCCCACUGAUCAUCCUCUUCCCCUCGAGGAACAAUCUCCUGUUGUGGCUAUCUAACUGGUCACGUUCAACAUUUAUCCUGCUUCACCGAUGGAUUGGACGAACCUUUGCUCUACUGGGUGUUCUGCACGCUAUUUUUGUCCUGGUUGGCUCAGACAAGAUGGGCACUACAGACUGGAGACGCUGGGGCUCAGUCACAGUCAUCUUCACUGUCAUAACCUGUCUUGGAAGUGGACUCUACGUUCGAAAGGCCAACUACGAGCUUUUCCUGCUUAUGCACAUCCUCAUUGCUGCGCUUGUCAUUGUCGGAUGCUGGUAUCAUCUCAUGCUUCGGUACGCCUCUAAUCGUCUUCAUUCUCCCGGUUACACAACUGGACACGAGAUCUGGCUUUACCUUGCAAUUGCCCUCUGGGGUUUCGAGCGCCUUGUUCGAAUCGUACGAGUAAUCAGAUUGGGUAUUCUGAGAUCCAAGGUCAAGGACAUUGGAGCUGGUUACGUUCGAGUUGAUGUACCAAGCGUUCGCUGGGGCUUGGAUCCUGGAAAGCAUGUCUUUGUCUACUUCCCAACGCUUGCUCCGAUGCGACCUUGGGAGAAUCAUCCCUUCUCUGUAAUUCCUACGGUUGCGCUUCAGCGACGUGGAACCUCAGGUACGCCUGGAUCUCCAACCUCACCUGGAGCAUCGUCGGGAUUGGAGGAUAUCGAAAAGCCAACAGCUCAAAUUGCAGUUGUCAGACAGUCAUCCGCCUCAGCGGAGAUCUCAGCUGGAGUGACACUCUUCAUCAAGAAGUCAACCGGUAUCACCAAGUAUCUAGAGAGCCAUGACCGCUUACUCACCUUCUUGGAGGGUCCUUACCCAGGCAGUGACACACGACAGGUCCUACGCUGCGACAGACUUCUUCUCAUAGCUGGUGGUGUUGGUAUCACUAGUCUAUUUGCACUAAUUCACAACCACUGGAACGUCAAGUUGGCAUGGAGCGUCAAAGCAGAAGCUCGAUGUCUCGUCAACGAGAUUGAGCCGGCCCUCGAUGCCGUGAAUACUGCACAGACGGACAUUAGAAUUGGUUCAAGGUUCGAUGUUGCUGCUCUCAUUGAUGAAGAGGCAUCCGCUGGCUGGAAGAGAGUUGGUAUUGUGGUGUCAGGUCCUGGAACCCUUUGUGAUGACGUUCGAGCUGUUGUUGCUGGUAUUGGACGCCACUCCAAGACUGUGUUUGAGCUUGAGGUGGAUGCCUACUCCUGGUGA